AUGAAGCACCUGUGGCAAGCGAUGACGAAGGCGGCAGCGGUCAGUCCAAUAACCUCGUAUGAUGGUGCUGAAGAAGUGAUGCAUGUAGGACUGCAAGCGCACUGCUCUCAACAGUCAAGUCUGUCGUUGGUGGUGGGCACUCUGGUCUUCCUUCCCUCUUCUCUGAGGCGCCUGUCGCUGUCGCCCCAGCUCAAGCCCACCGACGACGCUCUGGCUAGCCUAUGCGCGCGCAACCUGAGCUUCCUCGAAGAGCUCACCAUCAUGGACGCCUCGCUUAUCACCGAUCGAGGCCUGCAGCGUCUCUCUACCUCGGCCUCGCUGACGUCGUCCUUGCGAACUCUUCGUCUGUGCUGUGCCAGAGGCAUAACGAAUGAGGCAGCAUCGCACAUCGCUCGCUUCGCCAACCUCACGACGCUCAGUCUCGCGUGCUGCCCCCUCUCUGCUGCGGGCAUCAGGGCCUUCGCCUCUCUGCGCUGUCUGAGGAAGCUCAACCUCGCAUACAGCAAGGACGUCACCGAUCGCGCUCUCAAGUCGCUUCCCCGCUCGCUUCGCUCGCUCAACCUCACGGCAACGAAGAUCACCGAUCGGGGGCUGCAGUACCUAUCCAUGGUGCCCUCUUCGACGGCGUGCCCUUCGCCUCCGCCUCUACUCUCGCCUUCGCUUUCCUUCUCGUCGGCGCUUCGCUUCUACCAUCAGCUUUCCGCCACGGCCAUCAACGGCAACACGGCCACCGCGCAGCAAGGAGACAGAGCGACGUCACGCCCCGCCAAUCGUUCGGCCAACUUCUACUCCUCGCACAUGAUCCAGAGCACUACGCCACAACUGCCUCACCUCGUCAAGAUCAAGCUCAACGAGUGCUUCAUCACCGACGAGGGCAUCAAGUUCUUGCUGCCCUACCUCCGCUCUCUCACCACUCUCAAGCUCUCGUCGACCUUCAUCACCAGCGCGUCUGGUCAAGCUCUCAGCUCCUUCCGAUCUCUGGUUACUCUCGAGGUCAACGGCUGCCACGAACAGUACUGGCCGACGUCGUCGAGGAGCACGCCGGCAGUCAACUGA